ACGAAGAGAAUGACAUUGGUCCCGCCGGAAUCGGAAAAAGUUCAUUUUCCGGCGACUUUGACCGGCGGGCGGCGGCGGCGGGGCCUGGAAGAAAAGAAAAGAAGAAAUGGGGUCAAAUUGAAAAUUUUAAAAUAUAUAAAAUUCGAAUUUGGCCCUAAUGACCGGAAGUUAACCUAGAAACGGGCUAAUGGCUCAUUAGUGAAAGGAUUGUGUAAGUUCAGGGAUUUUUGUGAAAGGAUUUGAAGUUCAGGCUUAAGCUUUGGAGAAGCCCUAAAAGUGGAGCGAGGCCUAAUCAAUGAAAUGGACAGCUGCUGCGGCGAGAAUACGUCGCCGCCGGCGAUAGACUUGCAAGACGAAGGCUCAACUCCGGCGAGAUCAAGAAAGCUGAUUGAGGCAUGCCAGGAGUGGGGCUGCUUCAGGGUGUACAACCACCAUAGCAUCCUCCCGCUGUCGCUCGCGAUGGAGAUGAAAGAAGUGGUGAGAUCUCUGUUCGAUCUUCCGCCGGAGGUCAAGCAGAGGAACGCCGACGUUCUCCCCGGCGGCGGGUAUGUGGGCCCGACUCCGACCAACCCGCUCUACGAAGCUUUUGGGCUUUAUGAUAUGUCAUCUCCUCCAGAUGUUGAAGCCUUCUGUGCCCAGCUCCACGCCUCACAUCACCAGAGAGAGACAAUAAUGAGGUAUGCAAAAGCAGUGCAUGAAUUGAUGAUAGUGAUUGGGAGGAGAUUAUGUGAAGGGUUGGGCUUGGAAGGGGAUGAUCGUUUUGAAGGAUGGCCUUGUCAAUUCAGAAUAAACAAGUACCAUUUCACCCCCGAGAGCAUUGGCUUGUGUGGGGUGCAAAUACACACGGAUUCCGGAUUUCUUACCGUACUUCAGGACGAUGAGAGUGUCGGUGGGUUGGAAGUCAUGAACAAAUCAGGCAAAUUUGUCGCGGUCGAUCCCUGUCCUGGUACCCUACUACUUAACCUUGGAGACAUGGCAACAGUUUGGAGCAAUGGAAGAUUUUGCAAUGUGAAGCACAGGGUGAUGUGCAAGGAACCAACCGUUCGGUUUUCGAUUGCUUCAUUCCUUUUGGGUCCGAGGGAGGAUGCCAUACGACCGCCACCGGAGUUGCUAGAGCCGCCUCAUCUCCGGCGACUAUAUGUUCCCAUCACCUAUGAUAAACUUAGACAGCUCCGGCUAGACAACAACAUGCGUGCUGGUGAAGUUCUUUCCCUUUUGUUGGCUGAGAAUUAGGGUUUUUUCUUUAGGUGACCCAAACUUAAUUCAUAUUGUUGUACUCCGUAUUAUACAAGGUAAAAGACUAAAGUAGAAGUAGAACAUUGAAUAUGUAUACUAAAAUAGAAUUUUUAUAUUUUUAAUUUCUAAAUAGAGGUUAAAAUAUAUUUACAGUGUCAAU